UAAAAAGAAGAAGAAGAAGAUCCAUACAUUUGUGUUCAGGGUGUAAACAUGUAUUGGUGUAUAGGAAAAAUUGUAACCACUGUUUUAUUCGGUGUGGCUAGUUGUAUAGUUUUUCUUCUGACGCGAGGUGAUAUGUUUCAGCGGAAGGUGUCUGUAGAGUUGAACCCUGGUCUGACUCCUCCGUUGGUUCUUCCUGCUGGAGUGAAUCUGGUUCAUGUGCGAGGUCUGGGGCAAAGUGACACACUUCACUUCUUGCUGUGUAAUCAUGGAGCUCCAGCACUGCUGAUGGUUAACACUUACAGCACACAGUCUGUAGUACAGGUGGACUGGCCCUCCUUCAUCAACCGCAGUUCAGCAGGCAGCCUGAAGGUGGAGCCGCAGACCAGUGUGCGGUACAGCAGGGCUCUAGUGUUCACCAGAGUGUGGGAGUACGAUGACGUCCGUAACACCGCCGACCCCCAGCAGACCGCAGAGUCCAGCUUUUACCCUCCAUACGAGCUCCAGAACUUCAUCUGGUCUGACCCAAAGAUCACUGUUAAUCAGUCAGGGCACACAGUAACACUGUGCGGUGGAGAGAAAACAGAGAGUUUCAUCAGUGGCUCUCUCUGUCUGCAGUUCUCAGCGUUUGAGUCAGUGGGUCGUGAUGAAAUGUGGCCAAAUCUCCGUCAUAACGCCAACUCCUCGCAGCUGCACGUGUGGCUGGACGGCGUGAGGCCGCGAGGAAACCACUCCAGAUUCGCUCUAGAGUUUCAGUCUGUUGGAGACUCAGUAUUCCGGGAAAGAACUUAUGACAGCAACUGCAUAGACGAUGAGUACAAACCCUAUUUCUUUCCGGUGUCUAAUUGGGUCUCGGUUCCAGUAAAUGGCGACAAUGUGUGGGGUUAUAAUCAGUGGAAACCCGUGGCGUAUCGUAAACCAGAACUGGACCCCACACCCUGCAAACACUCCGAGCUCGUGUCUGUAAACCGGAUCCCUCAGUCCCGUCUGGUACAAGCGUAUUUCAUAAAAGAUCCUCAGACUUACGGCCUGAACAUCAGCUUCGGCAACGCCGGAGACCCAGUUUUUUACAAUGCCACCAAAUACAUCAGCUGGACUGUUUUAAUGGGCUUGGGUGAACCUCUGCGCAAUUCAUUCUACUAUUUACACAUUGCCUUCAUACCCAUUGGAACUGUUAUACUGGUGAUGAUUUUUGCGGUUGAGUGUGCUUGUAAGAAGGCAUCGGGCUACAUGGUGCGCACUUCGAAGGCAGAUGGCAUCACCGUGGCUCGACGAAGGCUGCUGUAA